AAAGGAAUAAGGUGUUAAUUCGCUUUGACGCCAAACAGGAAAGAGAGUAGAGAUGACGAAGGCGUUGUUUGUAAGGCCAAACGUGGCGGCGCUGUGUAUCCGGCGAUUGAGCAGCUCCGUUCAGCCACGUGUACCUUCAUUGCUCAAAUGCGUUUCUAUUUCUGCUCGUUCCUACAGGCCGAUGAAGCUCGUUCCCCAAAUAGGUUCAAAGAUUGAGCUUUUCGCUGGUCGUCGGACUUUCUCUACUCGUGCAACUAGCGAUACUGGCUCAAUUGAUUCUCCUCUUAUGGAGUCUAUGCAGAAAAAGAUCAAGGAACAGUUGAAUGCGGAUUCAGUCAUCGUUAAAGAUGCUUAUGGUGAUGGUCGGCAUGUCAGCAUUGAUGUAGUCUCUUCAGCUUUUGAGGGACAAUCUGCUGUGAACAGGCAGAGGAUGGUCUACAAAGCCAUAUGGGAAGAGCUUCAGAACACUGUGCAUGCAGUUGACCAGAUGACUACGAAAACACCGACCGAAGCUGGGAAGUGAUCAAGGCACAACCGAGGAGUAUCAAAGCACCACCUCCAUCAACUACUCUAUUUUCAAGUGACAACUUUUCAAUUGAUAUCAGAUAUGUUACAAUGAACAAAGAUAACUUUGAGUGAUGUCAACUCUAAAGUAGUGUUUGCUUUACAUUGUUAGUAUGAGACAGGGCAUGAAUACCUGCCAUCUUUAACAGCAGUUGGCUCAUUUUCAAAAUCUAGUUCUUCCGUACUAGUGGUUGAAGAACAAUAGUCGAAUAUGCCCCACCCAAAGGAAGACAAGUUAAGGCCUUUGUGCAAUGUUUCUGAAAUUCUGAUGAAAAAUAAGAAGCUUGAGAGAUUGAUUUCAUUGCUGGCUGAAUAUAUACAGAAAUUUGGAGUUGGAAAAUUA